UAUCGACACCCCAGCUGGCUACGCUUAACCACCUACCUAGCCUAGCCACUCUGCCGCUUGCCUCUGAGGCUCUUCUCCGACGACAUCAUCUUCCCGGCACUGUGCGCGCUUCUAUCGCUCUUACUUCAAAUCUCCAGCCCGUUUGCCCCACCUCCACACACGCCUCCCCCAGACCCCAGGUCUCAGCAAAAGAAAAGAAAAAAGAAACACAAACCUUAAACCUUAAACGCAUCCCAACCAUGGCCCCCUCCUCUUCCCCAACCUCUACCACCUCUCCCCCCUCCAUCCCUACGGAACCCCCACCCUCUCAUCUCCUCCCUCCCCGCACCCUCGCCGCCAUAAUCGUCAGCACCGCCGUCCUGGUCCUCCUCCUCGCCGCCCUCCUUGCCUACCUCGCCAUAGCGCGCCGUGCCCGCCACGAGCGCCGCGCCGGUGGUUCGUCAUCGUGCUGCUCGGCAAGGACGUCUACGUCCGCUUCGACGGUUUCGUCCGCGGAAGCGGCGGGGUUGAAGGGGUUAAAGGACGAGGGAGCGAAAGGGAAGGGGACAGGGGCGAAGAAAGGGAAAGAGGGAGAAAGAGAGAGGUUAGAGGGAAGGGUCAAGGAGGCAGGUGUUUAGGUGCGGAUGGAGACAGGAGCUUCAGGGAGAAGUCAAGACUUAUGAUUUCGGCGACAAGAGAAGAGAAUAAGAGAGACGAGGAACGAUGAGACACCAGUAAAAGAGAAGGAGGGUAGAAACGAACGAACCAACCAACCCCUCCCACACGACCGCAACGAUCCCGAAACCGAUACGAAAAAAGACCAAACGCCACGCCUCCGGCUAACGAAACCGAUACGCAAAACCCCCCAGACCCGCACCCCACCCUACCCCACGCCGCAACGAAGCCCGAUAGGUAGGCCACCCAAAGCGAAAGCGAGCAAAAGCGAGCGAGAAAGCGAGACAGAGAGAAAGAGAGCGUCAACGCAACACCACGACCCGAACACAAGCCGAGACGGGCUCGAAACCCCUCCUCCCUCCUCCCCCCC